CAAAGUUUCAGAGUCUAUAAAAUACAUGAGAGCCUCAAAACUUUAGGUUCUUCAUUGAAUAGAGGGAGGGAGGUAGUAGCUACUAAGAAAGCAAAAAAACACAACCUCUCAAAGCUUUAUUAGGCAAAGCCCUUGUUUGGGUGCACAUACAAGGAAAUAGCACAAAGGCUUAUAUCAUCAUCACAUAGAAGAGUGAGAAGUGAAGCAAAUGAUGGCUGGGAACCCUAAUAAUUGGUGGAGCAUGAAUCCAUCUUCUUUGAUCCCUUAUACUCAAUAUGUGCUUGGAUCUUCUUCUUCUUCUUCUUCAAUUCCUUUCAAUCCUUUGGUGGCUGAAAUUCCAGAACCUUCUCCUCAGUCUUGGAGCCAACUUCUUUUCACUGGGUUACCAGGAGAAGAAGAGAGACUUGGAUUCAAUCAUUUUCAUCAAUCAAAAAAGUUAGAAAACUGGGAUGACCAUAACAUCCUCCUCAACAACAACAAUAAUCAACACAACACAAGAGUUGGUCCAAAUAAUAAUAAUAAUAAUAAUAAUAUGAUUGUUGAUGGAAUAAUAAAGCAAGAGGUUUCCCAAAGUGGCAACUUGUACGGCCAAGAGGAGUUUCAUGCUUCUAAUGGGUCAACUUGGUCAACACAUAUGGUUCCCAUUAAUUCUUCAUCACCUAGGUCAAGUGUCACUACCAAUAAUAAUAACAAUAAUAAUUUAUUGGAUUUCUCUUAUAACAAGGUUGAUCAUAGCAAGAACAACCAACUACCUUAUGCCACACCUCAGUGUAAUAGCACAUCAAGUGCUGGAAUUUGCAAGAAAGCUAAGGGUCAAUCAACUUCAAGCUUACCACCAUUGAAGGUGAGAAAGGAGAAGCUUGGUGAUAGAAUAACAGCACUUCACCAGCUAGUUUCCCCAUUUGGAAAGACUGACACAGCUUCUGUGUUGUUAGAAGCCAUUGGAUAUAUUAGAUUCCUUCAGAGUCAAAUUGAGUAUUUCCUGAGGACCCCGGUCAGCUGUUGAAUGAUACUGGCCUGAAAAGAAAGGCAGCUUCAAGCCAGGAUUCAAAAGAUAAUAAGGCAAAGGAUUUGAGGAGUAGAGGAUUGUGCUUGGUACCUGUAUCCUUCACCCAACAUGUUGGAAAUGAAAAUGGAGCUGAUUUCUGGGCACCUGCAUAUGGUAGUGGAUUCUAAUUAACAUGUAUGAGUAUGAAUCCUUUUUUGGUAAACAAAUUAAAAUGUGACAAUAUAUAACAUCUUGAGCAGUCAAUCUGUAACAAUGAGAGAAGGAGAAGGUUGAUUCCUCACGAUGCUAUAUGGCAUUAAUUAUUUAUGAUAAUGAAAAAAAAAAGUGUCCAUAGUGUAUUGUCACUAAUCUAAUUAUUAGGAUAUAUUAAUUAUUAAGUUGUUUGAGACGUCAAAACUAUUUUAGCUAUUGUAAUUUAAUUUUAAUUAUAUAUUCUUAAUUACUAUGCAUUUUCUACUGAUGAGGUAGUAUAAUAGUAUACCUUCUUUAAUUUAUUCGGAAUUGAAGGAGGAUUAUGUUUGUA